AGUGCUGACUUGUUUGUGAGCUGUGCUGACCUUACCAGACAAUGAGCACUUUGCAGGAGCUGUGUGCUGGUCUUCCCCUUGACCCAUUGCCCCAAAACAGGGGGCGACUAGAAGGGCUUCCCCAUGCACCCAACCGAACCCCACAACUGUCUGCAGAGGAGGAGAAGUUGGCUCUUGCCAAUUCUUUGCGCUAUUUUCCUCCUGGGAUCCACAAGACGUUGGCAUCAGAAUUUGCAGCAGAGCUGAGACAGUAUGGUCAUAUUUACAUGUACAGAUUCUACCCCAAAAUCCAGAUGAGGGCAUAUCCUAUCACAGAGUACCCGUGCAAGACCAUACAGGCAGGAGCCAUAAUGCAUAUGAUCAUGAAUAAUCUGGAUUCUGCAGUUGCUCAGUUUCCCCAAGAACUGGUAACUUAUGGAGGAAAUGGGCAGGUCUUCAGUAAUUGGGCCCAGUUCUGGCUGGUCAUGCAAUACUUAUCUGAGAUGACAGAAGAGCAGACAUUGAUAAUGUAUAGUGGGCAUCCACUGGGCCUCUUCCCCAGCCAUCCACGAGCACCUCGGGUUGUGAUCACCAAUGGGAUGGUUAUUCCAAACUACUCGUCCAGGAAUGAUUAUGAGAAGAUGUUUGCGAUGGGUGUAACCAUAUAUGGACAGAUGACAGCAGGAAGUUACUGUUACAUUGGACCACAGGGCAUAGUGCACGGCACAGUGCUGACUGUGCUGAAUGCUGGACGUCGAUACCUGGGCUUAGAUGAUCUUUCUGGAAAGGUGUUUGUAACCUCUGGAUUAGGGGGCAUGAGUGGGGCCCAGGCAAAAGCUGCAGUAAUAGUGGGCUGUGUGGGAGUCAUUGCAGAGGUUGAUGAAGCCGCCUUACUAAAGCGUCACAAGCAGGGCUGGUUGAUGGAAGUCACAAGCUCUUUGGAUGACUGCGUCCAGCGGAUCAGGAAGGCCAGGAAGGAUAAAGCCACGCUGAGCUUGGGAUAUCACGGAAAUGUUGUGGACCUUUGGGAGAGGCUUGUGCAGGAGUAUGAGACCACAGGAGAACUGCUUGUGGACCUGGGCUCAGACCAGACUUCGUGCCACAACCCAUUCAGUGGGGGAUACUACCCUGUACAGCUGCCGUUUAUGGAGGCAAAUCGGCUGCUGUGCACUGACCCGUCAUCAUUCCGCCAGCUUGUACAUGAGAGUUUAAGAAGACAAAUAUCCGCCAUCAACAAGCUGUCAGAAAAGGGCAUGUUUUUCUGGGAUUAUGGGAAUGCUUUCCUGCUUGAAGCACAGAGAGCGGGAGCUGAUGUGGAGAAGCCUGGGGGGAGCGGAAUAUUAGAGUUUCGAUAUCCAUCCUACGUGCAGCAUAUUAUGGGGGACAUCUUCUCUCUUGGUUUUGGCCCUUUCCGAUGGGUGUGCACUUCUGGGGAUCCCUCUGAUCUGGCCAUUACAGAUCAGAUUGCAGCAUCGACUCUUGAGGAUAUUGUUGCACAAGGAGUCAGUGACGCAGUACAGAAGCAAUGCAAUGACAACAUUCACUGGAUCCGGGAAGCCGGAAAGCACAAAUUGGUGGUUGGCUCACAGGCUAGGAUUCUGUAUUCAGACCAGAAAGGGAGAGUGUCCAUUGCUAUCGCUAUUAACAAGGCUGUGGCUGUAGGACAGGUCAAGGCCCCUGUUGUGAUUAGUCGUGAUCAUCAUGACGUGAGUGGGACUGACAGCCCCUUCAGGGAAACCUCCAACAUCUAUGAUGGAUCUGCCUUCUGUGCCGAUAUGGCUGUGCAAAACUUUGUGGGAGAUGCCUUUCGAGGUGCAACAUGGGUGGCUCUUCAUAAUGGUGGAGGGGUUGGCUGGGGUGAGGUCAUUAAUGGUGGCUUUGGUCUAGUACUUGAUGGGUCCCCAGAUGCUGAAGAGAGAGCUGUACAGAUGCUUAGCUGGGAUGUAUCCAAUGGGGUGGCAAGGCGCUGCUGGUCUGGCAACACAAAUGCAUACAAUACGAUUAUUAGAAACAUGGAGGAGAACAGCAAUCUGAAGGUGACUCUUCCUCAUCUGGUGCAAGACACAAGCUUGCUGGAGAUUGCCCUAUCCCACAAAUGACCACUGCAUGUUGUCUUGCAUACAUUAAAUUAUACCAGUAAUUUUUCUUUUCUUAUUAAAUAAUCCCUCUUACUGCUGUUUGA